AGCUGGUGUGCAAAGCUAACCCUUAAACUUCUUCUUUGUUUUGUGUCAUUUUCUUAGCCCAGUGUCAUUGCCUAGUGUGUGUGUUUAAGCUUUAAGUAUUGUGUCGUGGGAUUAUGAGACAGCCUCUCGAAGAAUGAGAAUGCCAUUACUGCUCUGGGCUGCUCUAUUUGUCUCUGGUUGCUAUGGACAGCUGGAGGUAUGUGGUCGGCCUCCCCUCAACACCAGGAUAGCUGGGGGCCAGGAUGCUCCCGCAGGGAGCUGGCCAUGGCAGGCCAGUCUGCACGCCUCUUUCUCUGGGUUCGGCUCCUUCAUCUGUGGAGGAUCCCUCAUCAAUGAGCAGUGGGUGCUCUCAGCUGCACACUGUUUUAACAGUAUAUCUGCAGGUGAUCUGGAGGUGUAUCUGGGUCGGCAGAACCAGGAGGGCAGUAACCCAAACGAAGUGAAAAGGACGGUGAGCCAGAUCAUCACUCAUCCCAGUUUCAACAGUUUCACCUUUGACAACGACAUCGCUCUGCUUCAUCUCAGUGCCCCAGUCACCUUCACCGACUACAUCAGGGCUGUGUGUCUGGCUGCCAGUGGGAGUGUUGUCCUCAACGGUACUGACAGCUGGGUCACUGGCUGGGGAAAUACUGCUGUUGGAGUUCCUCUUCCAUCUCCUAAGACCUUAAAGGAAGUGGAGGUGCCUGUGGUUGAGAACACCCCGUGUCACUCUUUGUAUGAAGCCGUGCCCUUCACAGUCACAGACAACAUGAUGUGUGCUGGAGAACCUGCAGGAGGCAGAGAUUCAUGUGAGGGAGACUCAGGAGGUCCACUGGUGAGCAAACAGGACUCUGUGUGGGUGCAGUCCGGUAUUGUUGCUUUAGAAGGUUGUAAAGAACCCAAUCGUCCCGGAGUCUACACCAGGGUGUCCCGUUACGAGAGCUGGAUCACCUCUGAGAUCAGCACCAAUCAACCAGGCUUCGUCCAGUUCACUGGAUCUCCUCCUCCAGUCACCUCCAGUGUUCCUCCUCUCACCACUCCUCCCUCUCCCACUAUGUCUGAAGCACCAGCGCCCACCAGCACAUCUAUACCUCAUGGACGCUACUGUGUUUCCCGCCCAAUCGACAACAUUGCGUUUCCCAUGGUGACGGUUAUAGCCAUAGUGAACAAACCCUCUGAAUACAGUGACUUGGAUCAGCUGACACAACUCAUUGCCACAAAGAUUGACAGUUCCUCAAAGGUUCAUCAUGUAGAUCCAUUAUAUCAGCUAACAAAAUUUCUCCAAAUUUCUCAGAGCAAUGACUCAGAGAGCAUGUUGGAAGUAGAAGUACAUCAGCUGUUCCUUCCGCCUGCAAAUGGGGGCCUUCUUUGUUUCCCCGGCAACAGCACUGUUUUGAAAGCUCUGAAACAAGCACUCACACCACCGUUUGCCCAAGUUUCUUUCAUCAAUGUCACAGACAGUCUCUGUGUUGCGGUGACCUUCGAAACUGACAUCCAGUUUGAGGAGAACCUCCGUAGGCGCACCAGCCAAGAGUUCAAGACACUGGAACGGCGCAUUGUUAGAGUGAUUAAUGACAUUUCCAUGACCAAAUUUGGAAUACUCUAUAAAAGAACUGUUGUCAUUGGAUUCAGUCCGCGGCAAACGAGCAGAAGGACUAAACGAAACGUCGUCAUGGGGACAAAGGUGGAGCUCCAAGAAGAGUUUGACCCUAUCUCCACUUCCUCCUCGACCUCAGACUCCUCCCCUCAGAUCCUGCGGAGCAGUGACGUCAUCGAAACCCUGAGGACGGCUGCUGCCAAUACGACCUUAGGCUUCACUAUUGAUGUAGCAUCUUUUAACAUCACGACAGUGACCGUCGCUUCAAGAGCAGUGGCCUGUAUGCAGAGCGCCGUCAUGGCUGAGGGUCUGACUUUGAUCUCUCUGCUCAUCUCAUGGACCUGGUUGGCAUGCUGACCUACUGCUACAGGCAAACUUCCAGCAAAGUUCUGGCAACAAUGACAAGUUUUCCACUAGCAGCAAAUGUGUUUAACAGUCAUUUGGCACCAUAUAAUGGCUUGCAUAAUGGCAAACUUCUUUUUUUUUUUUUUUAUGCCUUUAAUUGGAUAGGACAGUAGAGAGAGGAUGACAGGAAGCGAGUGGGAGAGAGAGCAGGGGUGGGAUCCGGAAAGGACCACGGGGCGGGAACCGAACCCGGGUCGCCGGCGUGCGGUGCAGGUGCCCCAGCCAGUUGCGCCACGGCUGGGGCCAUAAUGGCAAACUUCUAGUGAACUUCUGGUGACAAACCUAAUAUCCAUGACAUUGCUGUACAUAACCAUAACAUAAACCCAACUGUAUACUACAGGUGCACGGCGAUGCCAUUAUUUACGUCAGCCAAGGAGGUAUAUGUUUUCAUUGGGGAACGGCGUCUGUCUGUUAGCAAGAUAACUCAAAAAGUGAUGGAUGGAUUUCGAUGAAAUUUUCAUGGAAGGUCAGAAAUCACCCAAGAAAGAAAACAAUUCAAUUAAAUUGGGAGUGAUCCGUAAUUCCGUCGGGAUUCCGGAGGCAUUUAUGUAUUUUGCUUAGUGGUGUAAUGGCAUGGUAUGGCCACGUGGUGGCGAUCUGAAUAGUUUAGGUUCAAAUGUAUGACAACCUAGGAGAACAAUGCAGGCAGAGGUCAGCACUCUCUGAGUGCUUUUCUAGUUUCUAUCUGUAUUCCGAUGUGUAACCGUAAGUGGGCAUGGUUUAUACUUUUUUUAACAAUUAUAUUUAUUUGGGAUUUCCUUUUGCACACCAGUACAGUUUUUAAAUCAACAUAAUUCAUGUUCAUAGUUUACCAGUGCCACUGUUUUUUUCAUGUAUUCUGUAACUGAAUAAAGUUAAACCAUAAGUGGA